AUGCCGUCAGGAUCUUCGGUUCUUUGGCUCAUCGCGGGUCUCCUCUUGGCGAGUAACGCCAUUGGCAGAAUCCAGCGAUGGCGCCACCUUCGACACAUCCCUGGUCCCCCAGCCUGUGGCUUCACCUCCCUGUGGUGGGUUUGGCACUGCGUGACUAAAACUCUUCACGAAGACUGCAAGAAUCUCGUCGAGACAUAUGGCCCUGUAGUCCGUACCGGCCCAAAUGAGGUCAUCUGCGCCGACCUCGACGCGCUGCAACAAAUAUCGUCGGUUAGGUCAGACUACAGAAAGGACGACUGGUAUCUGCUGGCCCGCGUCUCGCCCGAUAAGGAGAACCUCUUGUGCAUGCGAGACCCUGAGCUGCGAAAGGAUCGAAAACGGCGCGUGAAGCCUGGCUACACAGGUGAAGGUCACGAGAGCUUUGAGCAUGGCAUCGACAAGGCCAUCGCCCACUGGAUAGAGCUCAUCGACAGGAAAUACGUGGGCACCGGCAAAGCCUUUCGUCCUCUGGAUCUCAGCAAGCACUCGCAUUUUUACGCGUUCGACGCGCAGGGCGAGAUUGCCUACAGCCAGUCCCACGGCUUCCUGGACAGCGAGCAAGAGCUGCACAACAUCUUGAAGAUCACCGAGUUCCUGAUGUAUUUCAUGCUCGUGCUCGGAAACUUUAGUUCCAUUUUCUAUUACGUUCAGAAAUGGCCCUUGAACUACCUUCUCCCUCGCGACGGCGACCAGUCCGGGUUCGGUGUCAUCAGGGGAUAUACAACAAAGCUGAUCGACCAGAGACUGGAAGUGGGAUCUACGCCAAAGAGGGACAUCCUUCAGUCGUUUAUCAACCAGGGAUUGGGUCGGGAUGAGCUCAGAGAGGAACUAAGUCUCCAGUUCUUUGUCGGGACCGAUACGGUUGCAAGCGCCAUCCGCAUGACAAUCCUCCUGCUCACCAGUAGCCCACAGUCGUAUCAACGACUUCAGGCCGAGAUUGACGAUGCCGCUUCAAAGGACCUGAUCGGUGCUCCGAUCCGCGACGCCGAGGCAGGAAGAUUGCCGUAUCUCCAGGCCGUCAUUCGAGAGAGCCUGCGGCUUUUUCCGCCGUCCAUCUCCUCUGCAUUCUACAAGCGCGUCCCCAAGGGCGGCGAUAACAUCCACGGAUACUUCCUGCCAGAGGGGACGAGAGUAGCGACCGGCGCGGUGAUUUACGCGAUGAACAGAUCCAAGUCAAUCUGGUGCCAGGAUGCUCAGAUCUUCCGACCAGAGCGAUGGCUGGAGGCAGACGGGGAGCGGUUGGCGCUCCUGGCGAAAACGCUGGACAUGACCUUUGGGCACGGACAGUUUGCUUGCCCGGGCAAAACCAUCGCAUUCAUGCAGCUGGGCAAGGUCAUCCCCGAGCUGAUUCGGCGAUAUCACAUCUCUAUGGUGGAUGCAGUGAAGCCCGUGAAGCUCAUUCCCACCGUCGCCUUAUUGGCACACGACCAAUGGGUUCGACUGGAAAAGCGCCCGCGAGCUAAUGAGCGCUGA